AUGGGUCAUGUGCCGUGCAACUGGCGUUGCACUGUCCUUUGGCUUUGUUUCAUGGCCCUUCACUCCAGUGCAGAGGAGCCGCUUCUUGCCAUACUGCCUCCAGACACGGAGCCUGUCAGCUCAUUGGAACAAAGCUUGGGGCUUCUUCUAUCGGUUCAUGUGAAGACCCGAGAUGGCGUGUGUGAGCAGUUGUUAGCUCGAGGUUCUGAGCUGCCCGCAAAUGGCCGAAAACUGUUUACCACAACACAUGACGAUCAAGCGGCUGCGCGGGUGGAACUGUACGCUGGUGAGCGGCCUUUUUGUGAAGGCAAUCGCUUUUUGGGCAUGCUCGAGUUAGCACCUUUGCCAGUUCCAUCGUACCGGUCCUUCGUGCAGCUUGAGGUUGUUGUGCAGGUAGAUGCUCAAGGUGGAAUUCUCUGCACAGCGAGCGAAAUCGAGAGCAGGGCUUUGGGUGAACCUUUCUGUCAAGGUGAGUGGCAGGGCGAACUUUCAGACUUUAAUCCUCCACCACCUCCGAACCCAUACACUGAAGUGGCCCUGUUUUCGCACGCUUUCACGAAGCAUUUGCCAGUCCUGUUGCCAACUCGAACCAUCCGACUGCCAUGUGGGCGAGACAUCGUCAUCCGACAGCACCAGCGCCGGGAAGAGGAGCGGAUCGGAACAGGGGGAGUGCUGUGGGAGGCGGCAAUUGUGCUGGCAGACCUGGUCGGGCGUAUGACGCAGCACUUUGCAUGGAAGGGCAAGCGUGUUCUGGAACUGGGAGCAGGGACUGGGCUCGUGGCAAUAUCGCUUGCCGUCGAAGGUGCAGAGGUCUGCGCCACAGAUGGUAAUCCACGAGUCCUUGAUGGUGCCAUUGCCAAUGUUCAGGCAGCAAUGCCUUUCCCAGGUCGUGUAACUGUUGAGCAGUUCGAUUGGAACUCUGCCGCGGAUCUAGAGAAGAUUCAAGCAGCUGGACCUUGGUCUGCGAUCGUUGGGAGCGAUCUCGUGUAUCCUGGCAAUGCUGGUAGGAAAUGUGUGGAUUCAAACGAUCAGAUGCCUCCCGCGGAUCAGACCUUGAUUUCCUUGCUUUCAGCUCUCGCAACUACUGACACAACAAUCCUCCUGGCGCUUAAAGACCGUACGGGCGAGCUGCAGCGCUUCCAUGAGAGCGUUCUGCGACGCGGAGGUUGGACCAUCCACCGUUCACCACCUGAAUGGAUAAUGCCUGAGUUUCGCUCGGAGAAGCAAGUAGCAGUGCUUCAGCUUCAGCUCACGGGCAAAUAG